AUGAGCACCGAGGGCGGGCCUCCGCCACCCCCGCCGCGCCCGCCGCCUGCCCCACUCCGCCGCGCGUGCAGCCCGGCGCCCGGCGCGCUCCAGGCCGCCUUGAUGAGCCCGCCACCCGCCGCCACCCUGGAGUCCACCUCGUCGUCGUCGUCUUCGUCCUCUGCCUCCUGUGCCUCGUCUUCUUCCAACUCGGUCAGCGCCUCGGCGGGUGCUUGCAAGAGUGCGGCGAACGGAGGCGGCGGCACGGGCGCCGGGAGUGGGGGCACCAAGAAGGCGACCUCGGGGCUGCGGCGGCCGGAGAAGCCUCCUUACUCGUACAUCGCGCUCAUCGUCAUGGCCAUCCAGAGCUCGCCCAGCAAGCGCCUGACGCUCAGCGAGAUCUACCAGUUCCUGCAGGCGCGCUUCCCCUUUUUCCGUGGCGCCUACCAGGGCUGGAAGAACUCGGUGCGCCACAACCUCUCGCUCAACGAGUGCUUCAUCAAGUUGCCCAAGGGCCUCGGGCGCCCGGGCAAGGGCCACUACUGGACCAUCGACCCGGCCAGCGAGUUCAUGUUCGAGGAGGGUUCGUUCCGCCGGCGGCCGCGCGGCUUCAGGCGGAAGUGCCAGGCUCUCAAACCCAUGUACCAUCGCGUGGUGAGCGGCUUGGGCUUCGGGGCCUCGCUGUUGCCCCAGGGCUUCGACUUCCAAGCGCCCCCAUCUGCGCCUCUGGGUUGCCACAGCCAGGGCGGCUAUGGCGGCCUCGACAUGAUGCCCGCAGGCUAUGAUACAGGGGCGGGUGCUCCGGGCCACGCGCAUCCACACCACCUCCACCACCACCAUGUCCCCCACAUGUCGCCCAACCCGGGCUCCACCUAUAUGGCCAGCUGCCCGGUGCCCGCAGGUCCUGCGGGCGUCGGUGCGGCAGCGGGUGGCGGCGGUGGCGGCGGUGACUAUGGGCCGGACAGCAGCAGCAGCCCUGUGCCCUCAUCCCCCGCCAUGGCAAGCGCCAUCGAGUGUCACUCGCCCUACACUAGCCCUGCGGCACAUUGGAGCUCGCCUGGCGCUUCACCUUACCUCAAGCAGCCGCCUGCCCUGACGCCAAGUAGCAAUCCCGCGGCCUCUGCUGGCCUGCACCCCAGCAUGUCUUCCUACUCGUUGGAGCAGAGCUACUUGCACCAGAAUGCCCGCGAGGAUCUCUCAGUGGGACUGCCCCGUUACCAGCAUCACUCCACUCCAGUGUGUGACAGAAAAGACUUCGUCCUCAAUUUCAAUGGCAUUUCUUCUUUCCACCCCUCCGCUAGCGGAUCUUAUUAUCACCACCACCACCAGAGCGUGUGCCAAGAUAUCAAGCCCUGUGUCAUGUGAAUGGACAGAGGCCUUGAAGGCCGCCCUCCCUCUUUUCUGCCCUUUCCACCUCUCCCCUCCGAGAGGGGCAGCCAGGAACUGCAAGGGACUCACACACUGCGCACGCACGAGGAUAGCAGAUAUCAGUAAGUAGCACAGCCAUCACUUAGACAGAUACCCAGGGGAGUCCUGCUCAUCGAUAUUUGCCUACCCGUGGAAGAGGAAACCUUUCGGAAAAAGGCAAUGGCCUAGAAGAGGGACAGACAGAGGAGGUUACUACAUGUAAGACAUAUGUUACUUCAUGGAAGACAUAAAACUUUCAGUUCUGGGGUUGCCAUUGCAUUCACUGAUGAGAGUCUGAAAAGGGAGGUUGUG